AUGUUUCUAUUCAUACUAGUUUUUAUAAUAUGUUUGAUAUUUAUUCUUGCACCAUUUAUUUUAAUUCGUUUUAUUACUUCGACAAAUACGGAUAAGAAUGGAAAUUAUCUUCUAGUUAUAGCUCAUCCAGAUGAUGAAUGUUUAUUUUUUGCACCUACUUUAUUAUCUCUUCAUUCAAAUACAUAUGUUCUAUGUCUUUCAAAUGGAAAUAAUCAUCGAUCGGAUGAAUUACGUCGUUCAUGUCAUCAACUUCGUGUAAAAGAUUUCAAAAUAAUUGAUGAUCAAAUAAAUUUAAAAGAUAGUCAAACAGUAUCCUGGUCUUCCGAUGCAAUAUUAGGUCAUGUUAAAAAUUCUGUACGUCAAUGGAAUAUAUCAACAAUAAUUUCAUUUGAUCAAUAUGGUGUUAGUGGUCAUCGGAAUCAUUCAUCAAUUUAUUAUGCUUUAUUAAAAUUUUCUUCAACUAGUCAAAUACAUUUCCUUUCACUACAAUCAAUUCCAAUCUAUCGAAAAUAUUUAACUUUAAUUGAAUUACUUAGAAUUUAUUUUAUGUCAAAUACCGUCAAAACAAAAAUAUUUAUUUUACCAAGUAAAGAUAAUUUAAUACCAUAUAAAGCUAUGUUUGAACAUCGUUCUCAACUGGUUUGGUUUCGUUAUUUAUAUUUACUUUUUUCACGUUAUAUUUGGAUUAAUGAUUAUAAAAUAAUUUAUUAA